UCGAUUUCGGCGACUUACUUGGUCGAACAGAUUGUUCAGGAUGAACGACUUCGCGAAGAAACUGCCUUUUGGACGUUCCAAGUCCCCGUCCAAAUCCAACAGCGAAGAUGCAUCGCUCACUACGCUCCUUGAUGCCGACCAAUGCGCAGAUCUCACGUUCCUUAUAGCUACGAUAACGGCCACUAUGCGUACCUCGCUCGUCCAUAUCUUCACUGCCGAGGAAAUUGAGCAAGGCCACAGUUCCAAGACAGCGAAGUCUACAUCCAACUCGGAACAAGAUGCCGCUCUAGCUGCCGCACCAUCUGACCUCAGUAAAGUCGACGUGGAGAAGGAAGACAAACUGCGCAAGGACCGGGCGAAAAGAGAAGAGGAGGCGAGAAAAGAGUUAGCCAAACCCGAGGUUCAAGAACUAAAACAGGCCGUGUUGGCGCACUUUGACGAGUGGAGAGGGAAGGUGAUUGUGAGGGUGGGCGAGAUAGUGAAUUCACGACAGGAAGCCAAAGAGCAGAGUUCCAAGGUCCCAAAAGACGAUGUCGAGGAGAAAGUGAAAAGAUCGGAGACAGGACUGAGGAGCAUAAGCAGCACGGAAGACAAGGGAGAAAAUGAGGACGAAGUACUUCACGAGCUUUACCCCCCGGUUUCCACGUCACUGGCGAAGCUAGAUCAGCAGAAACGAAUGUUGGUUUUGCAUUCACUGGUUCUCAUCGUUUUAAGCUUAGAAUCCUACUCGGCUCACUCGCGCAUUUUACUCCUUCAUCUAACGUCCUCGCUCCAACUAAGCCUGGCGACCCUCAAAGGAGACGAGGAAACCAUAGCAAGAGGCCUCCUCGAAGCUGCUUCGCAACAGCUCUCUGCCGAUGCCGAAACAAAAAAAGCAGCAGAGUCUUCUUCCACGGCUCGCAAAUGGAAGGUUGGUCUAGCAGGUGUAGCUGGAGCUGCUCUCAUCGGCGUGACUGGAGGUCUGGCCGCACCUCUCCUUGCAGCUGGUAUUGGAUCUGUCAUGGGUGGUCUUGGUUUGGGAGCCACUGCAGCAGCAGGUUAUCUUGGUACACUUGCAUCAUCCUCAGUCCUCGUUGGUGGUUUGUUCGGUGCAUACGGCGCCAAAAUGACAAGCCAGGCUAUGGACGACUACGCCCGUGAAGUCGAAGAUUUCGGCUUCAUCCCUAUCCACCACUUCCAUCGACCCCGCAAGGUCCAAAAAGAAUUCCGCCGUCUUCGUGUUGCCAUAGCCAUCUCAGGCUGGCUCACCAGCAAAGAAGAAGUCGUAGUGCCCUGGCGCUACAUGGAGCCCAGCAUCGAAGGCUUCGCGCUCCGCUGGGAACUCGAAGCGCUCCUCAAACUCGGCAACUCCAUGGAUUCAUUCGUAAAAAGCGCAGCCUGGAGCUACGCCAAAGGUCAACUCAUCAAACGCACCAUCUUCGGCGCCCUCGCCUCUGGCCUCUGGCCCCUAGGUCUGCUCAAGAUCUCCUCUGUCCUCGACAACCCCUUCUCAGUCGCCAAGUACCGUGCGGACCGCGCAGGCGAAGUCCUCGCCGACGCCCUCAUCAAUCGCGUUCAGGGCGAGCGUCCCAUUACGCUCAUAGGCUAUUCACUCGGUGCACGCCUCAUCUUCUCUUGCCUCCAAACCCUCGCUAAACGCCGCGCCUUCGGACUCGUAGAGAACGUCGCAUUGCUCGGCUCACCCUGCCCAUCCGACGCAGACGACUGGCGGCGCAUCCGCAGCGUCGUCAGCGGCCGCGUCGUCAACGUCUUCUCGACAAACGACUACGUCCUCGCGUUCCUAUACCGCACUUCCAGCAUCCAACUCGGCGUUGCGGGACUCCAGCCCGUUCUCGGCGUGCACGCAGUACAAAACGUUGAUGUUUCGGAGCUUGUCCCGGGACACUUGGCGUAUCGCUACCUCACUGGCAGCAUCCUCAAGAAAAUCGGCUUCGAGGACAUCGAUGUCGAGGAAGUGGAGAAGGAGGAGGCGGAGAUGAAGGCCGUGGCUGAGACGGAGCGGAAAGAACGCGAGAGUAAGAAGAGUGACAAGGAGAAGAGCGAGGAUGAGGAGAAGGCCGAGUUGGAGCGCGAGGUGGAGAAGAGGAAUGAGGCUAGUAUGAUGAGUUGGGCCAUGGAGAAGAUGAAUGUAGGGACGUUGUGGGGGAGCGGAAGGAAAGAGAGGACUGAGGCGGAGAAGAUGGUUGAGCUGGAGAAGAAGGCUAGGAAGGACGCUGGUGGGGAUGGGAAGGAGGCUGGAGCGGCCGCGCCAGCGCCAGCGUAGGGGGGUUUCUAUUUCUUGUGGCGAAUCGAUUGAAUUUGUUUGGCAAUAGGGUUCCUCGUAAUAUCUUUCUUCUUCAGUGGAGCACACGU